AUGGACGAGGUUGAUGAAGUCCGAUUGUAUUUUAAUUGUCUUGGCACAUUGGAUGGGACACAUAUCCGAGUGAAUGUGCCCAAUGCGGACCGGCCAAGAUAUAGAACACGAAAAUCUGAGAUCACUACUAAUGUACUCGGUCUUUGCAGUCAAGACAUGCAAUUUAUAUAUGUUUUGUCUGGAUGGGAGGGUUCAGCACAUGAUGCACGAGUGCUUAGAGAUGCUGUUACAAAAUCUAAUGUUUUGAAAGUUCCAAGCGGUUUCUAUUAUUUGGUUGAUUCUGGAUAUGCAAAUUGCCCUGGAUUUCUUGCGCCUUUUCGAGGCCAGCGAUAUCACUUGAGUUCAUGGGCAGAUGGUCAUCGACCAGAAACUCCUGAAGAAUUUUUCAACAUGAAACAUGCAAGUGCUAGAAAUGUGAUUGAGAGGACAUUUGGGCUUCCGAAAAUUCAUUGGAAAAUUUUAGCAAGUCCGAGUUUCUACAGCAUAGCCACGCAACGGCGUAUUAUUAAUGCGUGUUGUUUGCUUCAUAAUUUCAUUAGGUGGGAAAUGAUAGAAGACCCCGCUGAAGAUGAAUUUGAGCCUACAUCCUUGGAGGAAAGUGUAGAAGAUGAUAAUGAACACAUUGUAGCUGUGCAACCAACUAAUGAAUGGACUCAAUUUAGGCAAGAGUUGGCCGUGAAUAUGUUUAACAUGUCACAAUCACAAUGA